AUGUUCUGUGCUUCGGUGGUGCUGGGUUGUGUGUUGGCUUUUGCUUCAGUGGCACAGUGUGCUGAUAAUAAUGAAUAUGAGAGGAAUUUCCCGUACCAAAGACAGACGAUUGACGAUUGUGGAGAACGGUUUAACUAUCUUAUAUUCGGCAGUCAUAUAUUACCAGCAGGAGGAAGCCCUGCUUACUUGCGCGAGUUUGCCCACAUUGCCGCCAUCGGUUGGACUAAUGAAGAUCAAAGUGUGCGAUGGUUGUGUGGAGGAUCGUUGAUCUGGGAAAACUUCAUCCUUACUGCGGCUCACUGCGCAUCUGAUGAUGACAACGUUCCACCAGAUGUAGCUCGUAUGGGAGAUAUCAACAUCUACAACGACGAAGAUGAUGAGUUCGCGCAGCAAUUGAAGAUAGUGGACGUCAUUCGCCAUCCGAAACAUAAAUAUUACUCAAACUAUUACGACAUUGCACUGAUGAAACUCGAGAGAAAUGUCACCCUUCAUAACACGGUAGCACCGACCUGUCUUUGGCUAGACGAUGAGAUACGCUUCCCCGAGCUGUUGGCGGCUGGCUGGGGCAGAACAGGAUUCGGCGAGGAUACAACAAAAACUCUGUUGAAAGUGCAACUCGUUCCGAUCAACAAUGAAAAGUGCUCGACAUACUACCAAAAAGGAGAUCGAAAAUUAGAAAACGGCCUUAUGGAUCAUCAGCUCUGUGCAGGAGACGAAAAGAUGGACACUUGCCCUGGAGACUCCGGUGGACCACUGCACGUAAAACUGUUCGAUGGUUGGAAAUUAACUCCAUUCCUGGUAGGAGUGACCUCGUUUGGGAAAGCCUGCGGUGUAUCAGCGCCCGGUGUAUACGUGAAGGUUUCGAAGUUCGGUGAUUGGAUCAUUGAAACACUUCAACGUCACGGCGAAAUGGCCACAAGUUUCAUGUUUGAACCGAUGGUUUGUGCUGAUCGUUAUAAUAAUUUGCGCGAAUAUAAAGAAAACUUGGUGUAUAAAGUGAAUUUACAGGAAUAUAUAGAGUGGUCGAACAUUUACGUCAGUAGCAGUAUAAGCAAUUUUACCGUUAAAUUAAGUAGGCAGUACACAAAUGAUUCAGUUAGUAGCAAUUGCUCCGGAACACUAAUGGAACCGAACGUGGUGUUAACUACAGCUGAAUGUGUUCUUGACGAGAGAGCAAGACCAACGCAUGUUGUACUGGCGAAUGGAAAAAAGAUCGAGGUGUCGGAAAUCAUCGUCCAUCCGUCGUACAAUUCUUCUAUUUCUCCGUACUACAACAAUAUCGCUGUCGUGAAGCUGACAUCGUUUGCUCCGAUUCUACCGUUUUGUGGAUGGUAUGGAGAUCCCAAACCUGGACGGAAGUUAUUAAUUACUGGACAACAACUUAUACCGAAUGAGGAAUCCAACGACCAUACUGAAAUCAUGACUCGAGUCUGGGAACGAUCCUCUCAAAAGUGUCGGCUAGCUCAGAAGUACUCCGAUCUCCUUCCACAAGGAUUGCAACACGAGCAUUUGUGCUUUCAGAAUCAGCCUUUUCUUGUCCCUGGCUCGUGUAACGCAAUGUCAGGCAGCGCAAUCGAACAAGAAUACGGCGACGAAAAGAUUUAUAUUCAUGGAAUCAAUUUAUUUGGCCGAGAUUGUGGUUACGGUGAGCCUGCUGUAGGCAUAAGGCUCAGUGCACACAAAGAAUGGCUUGAAUCGGUACUCCUGCCACACUUAAAAAGCGAGUCGCUUGUGUAUAUUGAUCCUGAUCUGGAACUUGGCGAUGAGUGCGAGUAUGCCGAUGGGACGAAAGGCAUUUGCGAAGCUAAACAAAGCUGCCCAGCCAUUCACACACGACUGCAGUACAAACAACAGAUUUCCUUCUGCUCAAAUGGGACUGUUGUUUGUUGUUCUAACAAAGCUACCAAUUCUCGAAUGAUGGCAAUAGAAAAAGAAAUCAACGAGUGUGAGGAGCGCUAUCGUCACUUGAGAACUGAUCAAUACAAUGAAAGAUCGCAUGCCGUUAAAAUAGGAUGGCAAGAUGAACGCAACACAACGUAUGAAUGUUACGGAUACCUCAUCAGUACACGUGGUGUUGUAUCGUCGGCAUCCUGCUUGUUGAAAAGAGCUGAUCUACCCAACAUUGUACGCCUAGGAGGAUUCGAUUCAUUGGACAAUUCGCGUGUUAUUCCUAUUGAACGUGUGAUCAUCCAUCCCAACUACGAGAAGGCAAAACAACAGCACAGUAUAGCAAUAGUGAGACUGGAAACAGCAGUGGAUCCAACGGAAAACGCAUUUCCUACGUGUCUUUGGCAGAACAUUACUCAUUCGCCGAAAGACCAGAUAGUAAUGGAUUUAGCAUCUAGUUCCAUCGAUCUCCUUAAUCCGUUGUAUAAAAGUGACUGCGAAGCUCUUUUGAAUCGUACGUUCGAUGAGCAUUAUACCCUCUGCAUGAUAUCCGGACUUCGAAUGUUCAACGCCCUGCAGUAUCACGAUGAUUUACAGAUGCACUUUGAACCAUUGGAUGUUAUCUCAAACAACUACCUGGAAGCUGGAAGUCCGAUCGUAUGGAGAAAUCGUUUGAAUGACGUAAAUUAUCUCGUACACAUGUACAACCACGGUAGCUGCGAUCUCAACAUACCGUGCAUAGUGACCCGUAUUACCCCGUACAUCGAGUGGUUCAAGGAAGUACUGCAGUAAACUGCAGUUUGUAAAGUGGAACAAGUGCAAGUGCAGGAAGUGGAACAGUACUGAUGAAUUAAUUAAUAAAAAAUGGCAUUACUAAAGUUGAAAAAAUCGUUAAUUUUUGAACCAUUUUA